CAUCGUCGACACUCAGCAGUUCCAAGGAACGAGUCACUUCGCUCUCGUUUCACCUACGCCGACAAUGACGACGAAAAUUUUACACGUUUUCAUGAAGCAACGCUCUUGGUGACACGCUUCUUUCGGAUAUGCGUUUCCCGUUAAAGUUUCGCUCGCUACAAGCUUGGAUCGAGAGAUGAAACCUGGCCAUUGAAGUGUUCCCUGCAGUCAAUUUUUUUUUCAAUCAGGCAGCUGGAAGCGAUUCAUUCCGCGCGAAGCGCUCAACUCCCAAGGAACUUUCUUCGUGCACCAGUAGAGGUGACAGAACGUAGUGGGUAGAAGCCAUGAAGGUGCCGCGUGUACUAGUCCUGUGCGCCGCAGUGUGCUCCGUAGCCGUGCCUUGUGCGCGUGCCGUUACCGAAGACUCAUCGCCAGGGUUAAUAGACAAAGCGAAGGCAUUCAUUGGCAACAUGUUGAACAGCAAAGACAGUGCUGUGACUCGGCGACUACUAGAGGCAGAUAUUUCGCCUUCCUGCACGGUGGGCCUCUUGAAGUUAAUGCGUGGUAUCCGAAACUUAGACCCAUGGGUAAUAAGAAUGUUCGACGCUUCCGGCAAGUAUCCUACAGGCCUCUUUCAAGGAACUCUUGCAGACCUGGGGGCGUUCGACGAGUGCGUCGAGACUCUCGUGCACGACGAAUUCGGCAACGAGAAGAUCCGGGGCCAGUACUGCAACAUGUACGUUCCUAUGACCAACGACACGCGGCCCAUGGACUACCUAGCAUCAGCUCUGCGCAUGUCACAUCCGCGGAUAGUGGAGUUCGCUAUCGGCAGCUCACACGCAUCAAUGGUUGACGGUGCCCGUCUAGGCAUCUGCUUCAUCAAUGACUGCAACGAGGAAGAUACUGAGACUGUCAUUAAUGCGAUUCUCGGAGGUUUGGUCGGCGUAAAGGUCAGAGAUUGCGUCACCAACGAGCCAAAGCCAUGGACAAUCACACAGAUCUCAAUUGUGGCUUUCUUGGGCACCCUUGCAAUAGUGAUCGCCGCUAGUAGCACCUUUGACUACUACUUAACAAAGCAACAAAUCAAGAAAGGACCUUUACAGAGAGCACUGUGUGCUUUUUCAUUAGAAGCCAAUAUACAACUGCUGUUGAACGUAGAAAAUUCAAAGGAAUCGGAAGCCAGCUCCUACAGGUUUCUUCAUGGCAUACGUAUCUUUGCCAUAUUCUCAAUUGUUUUUGGUCAUUCGUACAGCUUCUUCGACCACUUAGCUUUGGCCAGAACAAUCAACAUUCUUCGUUUUGCCGACACACUGGGAUUCAGUUUUGUUAUAACAGGCUACUGGAGCGUGGACGUCUUCUUCUUCCUCAGUGGAUUCCUAAUGGUCUACAACAUCGACAAAUUAUCCAGGACGCACAUAAACCGAUUUUACAUCUGGUUAGCAGCAAUAAUCCGCCGACAUUUAAGAACUACUACCCCAGUGUUUUUUGUCAUCAUGUGCUGCUACCUGGGACCAGUGGUUGCAUCCGGUCCUAACCUAAAGCCAUUGAUGGAGAAAAUUUAUGAUGAGUUCAGUAGGGAGUGGUGGCGAAUUUUGCUGCAAGUUCGAAAUGCCGGCGACCGUACACGACAGGAAUUUCUAGGCUUGCUAUGGUUCAUAUCAGCAGACUUCCAACUCUUCAUGGUCGGAAUGCCGUUGGUGUUGAUUCUUAAACGGUACUACUGGGGCAAAAUCACAGCCUUCGGCAUAGUGGGGGCCGUAUGUUCGGUCAUAGCCGCAUGGCAGUUGCAUGGAACUAAGUAUCCACCCUUUAUGAUGCCCAUCAUCAGCGACAUUAGCAUAGCGAACAGCUACUACUACGACGUUUAUGUGUGGCCUUUCCACCACGGAAUGUGCUAUUUCGCAGGCUGCAUGGUUUGCUUGCUCGUCCAGAGAUACCGGCAUGUAAAGAUUUCAAAGCUGAAACAGUUUUCCAUGUGGUGCCUGUGUGCAACAUGUGGGCUCACGUGCCUGUUUAUCAAGUACGACUGGUGUCGCGGCCGCAACCCAACUGAGGAAUGGGUAACGCUCCUGGUGUCGAUCGCCAAUGGACUCUGCUGCGCCGUAUUCCUAGCCUGGCUGGUAUUCGCCUGCGCUGCUGGCAGAGGAGGCCUGGUGUCGAGAUUUCUGUCCUGGAAGGCACUGGUUCCUCUGAGUCGUCUCUCGUUCGGCAUCUACUGCAUCCACGUGCCCGUCUUCUAUUUCAUCUUCGCCCUGGCCCGUGAGAGGACAUUCGUAGGGAACUUUACAAUGGUGCUACUGUCGCUUGGAGUCUUCGUGCUGAGUGGCAUGUUCAGCUUCAUCGUGUUCUUGGCCUGCGACGCUCCGGUGGGUCGACUGGAAAAGAUGGCGCUGAUGCCCUCCAGCCUGCAACACAAGGAUCUCAAAGAACACAAAGCCGCGCCGGCGAAGUGCGCAGCACAGAACGGCGCUCCGUCCGAAAUGGCUCCUACGUGGAUAGGGGAUGACCAAAAGCGCCUGGAAGCGGUUGUAUCGAUUGUUGACAACAGCCGCUUGUGAAAUAUUUGUCCAGUUUUCUUUUAUGCUAUGACCGCGUGUCCCUGCAUUUUGCGCAAUGUUUAUGUAGCGUAGUAACGUCGGCGCCCCACAUUUUCAGAAACGCCAAUGCGCAGCAGCUUAACGCCUGAAUAAAUAUUCUCACUUUGCCUUAACGAAACCGACAGACACCACUCAGACCUAUCGAAAUUCUAAAGCACAGAAGCAACCGUUGUGAGAAUGGAGUUUUCUACCCGAUCGAACUGUGUGGUCGCCAUUUCUCACCACACUGUAAACUAACCACCACUGUGCUACCUUAUUAGAAAAAAGAGGGAUAUGACUUACCGUUUUUCGCGCUACAAAAAGUUGUACAGUGUUAUCACAGUACCUAGUGCCUUAAAGUGAUACUUGGUCAUCCCUUUGUGGAAGUACAUUUUAUGUUGUUACACAGCGUUGCAAAUGACAAAUAGAUGCUGGUACAGAUACACGAAGAAGUUCGCACAGCAUGAUACAUGCAACUUGUUGAGGUCAUAGUAUAUACAACAUAAAGUGCUAAUCAAUAAGAUACAGCAAUUCAGCAGACGGCACCACAUUAGGAAGUAGCAGCGCUAAACUCGUGUGUCUAAUCAAGUUCUUGGACAAUAUGUGUAUGCAUGGGUUUAUUACCUGUAAUAUUCGCCUCUGACAUAACCGGAAAACAAAACAAAACAAACACUCAAACAAACAAACAAACAAACAGAUAAGCAAAGGUAUCCCUGUACUAUAGAAGUAUUCAAUCAAGUUUAGUGUCGUUCUUUCUGACUGAUUCAACUGACCGCUUCACAUAAUGUUAAAACGAGGGUAUUUCUAGCCUGGAGAACAUAGUGCACUGGGACUGGUUCAGUAACAUUCCUAUUCAUCGAUGGAACUUUAAUCUAAGCUUUUUCUUGACAUACUACUAGGAUGACGUUGCCUGUUCCCUGGAUACACUUCCACAGAAGGAAGUGUACCCUGUUAAUUUUAUGCAUGUAUCAUUCAUGUCGAAAUAGUCCGCCCACUAUAACGAUGCACACCAUACCAAGUGCAGUUAUCACCUUCGCCUGACGGCAGCUCUGUAGCACAGAAUGCUUAUGAAAACAACAAGCUUUAAGUGCUACAGUAAAAUAAAUACGAGAAAAUAUCAUAAUGCACUUUCGGGCCCGUUGGUGGGUCUUGCUAAGUGUACUGCCUGAAGGACAUGGAGCGUGUGAUUUUCAUUCCGUCCGUCUUUCCCUCUCGCGUUGUGGAUACAGGACCACAACAUCCUUCUUUAACAGCUCAUCGCUACCGAUGAAAUGGCAAUAAUAACAGAUAUAUAUUUUGUGUUCCUUUAUGUGUUAAAACAAUUUAAAACAUCGGGUUAAUAAAUCUAUGAACUUGUAGGCUGGUAAUUAUUCGAAUUAAGCUAUUUUACUAUAACAACUAAACAAUUCGCCCAACUGACAGUCCUUCUGCGCUGAGAUUCUUUCCUUUUAUUUUUUUCUUUUAUUUUUUGUUUAACCUGCGUCUGGCCUUAAAUGGUGGUGUAUUAAUUUUGUGUUAGUGCUGGAUGUUGUGCAUGUGAAACAACUUUCGUAAAGCAAAACACGACGCUGUAGUCUACAAUCGUGUUAUUACGCAAGGUUAGUCAAACAGACUGUUCAUAACCUUAUUUACUAAUAUUUAUUAUUUAGGAUUCUCAGUUUGCUAUGUCGUAUGUAAGGUUACGGCAGACGUAAAAAUUCUGGAAACAAUUGCUUUUGCAGGUGUGUAGAAAAUGAAUGGAAAUUAGGAGGAUGCGGAAAAUAUUUAUUUACUGAUGCAAUUUAUUACUAAAUGUUUCAGGGAAGAGUUUCAUAGAUCAUAUUAAACACUGAACUGCUAAGACGAGCACAAGAUAUUAGCGAUUUAAAUAUUAACUAAAUUUUGUAAUUGCGGCCCAAAUAAAUCGCAUUUGCUAGAAAUCCUUUAAAUAUAACACUUCCGAAAGAGACUUUCGGAAAGACGCUGUUCCAUUACAUUUUACGGCAAUAUAGGUACCUGCAGCGUGCAUAAAUGUUAGCUGGGGCAAAGGUGUAUAAUUCGCCGUGCAUUUUCGUCCGUUUGUUUUCCAUACUGACUUGCUUCAGUUUGGAAAUUACAACAUAUCGUCCAAUGCUUUUAAGCAAUUAUCUAAUAUAGUUUAGGUAAAUAUUCCAUUCAUUACUGAUCAUAUUGACCUUAACGUCUGCCGCCACGAAUGUUGUUUUGUCCAGUCUUGAGGACAGUUCUGCUGCUGUUAAUAAUCACUCAAAAUAUAUUAUAGAGAGUAGAUUUCACAAUACUUCCAUCUCCAAUCCGUAAAACAAAAACUGAAAUGUGGCGCGAAAUUCGCCAGCAUGAUUACAAU